CGCCUCCCGGCAGAGGAGGCGCGACGGGCGGCCGGAGCGCGGGAGCGGAGAUUCACUGUCUCAAUGGAAGUGGUACCAGCCUGGGCCCCAGCAGUGGGUUUCACACUCCUGCCCCAUGCAGGAGGAUUUUUAGGAAGCAAGAUAACCAAAAAGGAAAUCCCAGUGUGGUAUGAAGCUCUACAGAAGCCAUCCUGGUGUCCACCUAACUGGGUGUUUGCUCCUGUUUGGGGAACUCUCUAUACAUCUAUGGGAUAUGGCUCCUACCUGGUGUGGAAGGAACUGGGGGGCUUCAACGAAAAGUCAGUGGUUCCUCUGGGUCUGUAUGCAGGGCAGCUGGCAUUAAACUGGGCAUGGACUCCAAUAUUUUUUGGAGCUCACAAAAUGGGAUGGGGGUUGGUGACUCUUCUGCUCACAGCUGGUACGGCAACAGCUACAACUGCUUCGUGGUAUAACAUCAACAAAACAGCAGCUUAUUUGAUGGUUCCUUAUUUAGCGUGGCUAACCAUGGCUUCUGCACUCAAUUACCGUAUCUGGAAGGACAAUCGCAACAAGAAACAAUCUGAAUAAACAGUUUUCAGCCAAAAAGAUUUUGUUUCCCCACAAGAAUUUUCUAAAUAAAGUUAUGGCCUUAUUUUAUUUUUAGCUGAACUACUUAUAACAUUAGUUUGCUAAUUAAAAGUUGACAAAGGAAUACUCAUUUAAAACAAAUAGGCCUUUAUUAGGCAAGUCAAAGGGGUGUAUGCCUGACUGGGUUUUAUAGCAAACUAAAAGAUAGUGCUGAUUGAAAAGUACUAGUUUUCUAUAUUACAGCUUUAUAUUUUAUAUGACAAAGGCAUUUUAACUAUUACCAGAAAUAAGCAUGAACUCCAGCUUCAUUAUGUUCAGAGGAAGAAAUCCAGCCAUAUAUUAACACAGCUUCCAGAAAGCUGCUCCUAACAGUGACAGGCAUGAUUGUGGCCUGAGUCUUUCAUGUUUACCACUAGACACAGUACUUUAGUGCUAUGAUGUGUCCCGCUACAACUGCCAGAUAUUUAUCUUCUGGUCACUGUACUCUGGAAACGUUAAGACAAGAUCUUUUUCACAAUUUGUGCCUUCCCACUUUGAAGCAUUGUACAAUCUAGUGUCAGCUAAAUGCAUUAAACUACAUGUAAAUUUA